AUGCCUGUUGUACCAGUGGAUUCUUCCAAAUUGUCGGACACGGAAUCGAUCAAAAUUUGCGUGAUGCGGUAUUUCGCGCUGCCAAAAAAAUUCUUCGCUUUGAACUUGGAUGAGAAGAAGAAGCACUGCGGUGCUCGUGGCCGGGGUUACGAGCUGAUAGGAUCUCAAGCUUUGGAGCCAGGAACAAAGCCCGACCUGAAGGAGGGGUACUUUGUGGGGCGUGACGAUCCAACCCGAAAGCCACCAUUUCGAGAUUUCGAACAUCCCAAUGUGUGGCCAACAACCGCAAUCCCCGAUGUCGAGUUCAAAAAUCCGCUGGUAGAGUAUCACAAAGCUCUUUCGGCCCUAAGUAACCAGAUGAUGAAGCUCCUGGCUCGUGGCCUCUCAGGCAUGGAUCUAAAUACUGAUAUCAUCAAUGAUUUUUGCCACGAACCUGUCGCUAGUGUGCGUCUACUGCACUAUCCUCCACAUCCGCAGGAUCAUGAUCCGGAACUCCGUGGAGCUGGAGCACAUACGGAUUUUGGUGCGAUCACUCUUCUGCUUCAAGAUGUCGGGUCAGGGUUGCAAGUCCUCAACCAAAAGUCUCUGGAGUGGAUAGACGUCCCACCAAACAAAUAUGCGUAUGUCGUCAACGUUGGCGACAUGCUUUCAUAUUGGACAAAGGGCCAGUACUUGAGUAACAUUCACCGCGUUAUCAAUACCAGUGGAACAGAUCGAUAUUCUGUGCCGUUUUUCUUUGAUGGUAAUUUGGACUGUGAACUCAGGGCAUUGGAUGGCUCAAAUGGGAAGGUAUUGACGGUAUCAGACCAUCUCCAUGCGAUGUAUGAGAAGGUUUAUGUGUGA